GCCCAGGUGCCGCUCGACUGGCUGGCGGCGCGUGCCUCCGUCUUCUACCCCCGCUACGCCGACUUCUCAGGUGGCGCUCAGCACGCCCUGCUGGGGAAGACGCGGCGGCCCCGCACCGCAUUCACCAGCCAGCAGCUGCUGGAGCUCGAGAACCAAUUCCGCCAGAACAAGUACCUCUCCAGACCCAAGCGCUUCGAGGUGGCCACUAGCCUCAUGCUGACAGAGACUCAGGUGAAGAUAUGGUUCCAGAAUCGACGCAUGAAGUGGAAGCGCAGCAAGAAGGCGUCGUCGCAGGAUGGCAAGUCCAAGAAGACGCCGCCGGGCGCCGUCGACGCCGAGGACCCGGAGGUGGACGUGUGCGAGCACAGUGAAUCGGCUGACAGUGAUGGCGCCUCCGAAAAGCCGGCCCCGAAGCCGGAACUAGAGCCGGCGGCGGGCCAGGAGCCAGAGCCAGAGUUAGAGCCAGAGCCAGAGCCAGAGCCAGAGCCAGAACCAGAGCCAGUGCCAGAGCCGCCCGUCGCCGCUGGACCGACGUCGCCCGUGGACCUGUGCAGCUUCGGGCCGCUGCGGGGAGAGAGCUUGUUGUCCGUGGGCAAGUUUGCACGAGACCCCGACCUCAUGUACCGGCCGUACGUGGUGUAGGCGGUCAUCUCCGCCGCCGCCGCCGCAGUAUUACGUAUUGUUGCUCUGUGGUGUGUUCUGCGAGACACGCCGGGCGGAAUCGUGGUGCCGUUUGAAUGAGAGGGGAAAGGGGACGGGCUGCCGGGAGCGUGCUUGUGUCGUCGACCCAUGCCCGAUGGUAGGAUUGUUCAACGUGGCCAACGAGUGACUGCGACUUUGCUGGCGUCUCAGAGCUCUUAUUGUAUCUUAACAUAAGUCUUGUUGUGUUGUGCUCCGUGAACCUGGACAUACG